AUGGAUAUCCACCGAUCCCGCUUCGUGCCUUACCCGCCAUCAGCGAUCAACGCGCUCGCCUUCUCGCACCCAGAACCCGAACAUGGACAGCAGGACCCUGACUCUCUAAGGCUGGCGAUUGGACGCGCAAAUGGAAACAUCGAGAUAUGGAACCCCGCAAGAGGCUCGUGGCUUCAGGAGAAGGUCUUCUAUGGCGGCAAGGAUAGGAGCGUCGAAGGACUGGCUUGGACCCAAGAGCCAGAUUCACGCGAUGCGCAUGGCAAGGUAGUGCCUGGCCGCCUGCGACUUUUCAGCAUCGGAUACUCAAGCAGUGUCACAGAAUGGGAUCUUACUACCGGUCUUCCGGCGCGUCAUUCGGACGGUAAUCACAGCGAAGUCUGGUGCUUUGCUGCACAGCCCAGGAAGAGCGCAACAAAAGGUGCUUCGAACGAGCAGAGCAGUGUGUGCCAGAAGCUCGUGGCAGGAUGUGCUGACGGCACCAUCGUCCUUCUAUCUACCGACGACAACGAUCUCACCUUCGAACGCUUCGUAUCCCGCGCUACGAACAAGAAGGCGCGUGCCCUGAGUAUCGCCUACAAGGAUCAGCACACAGUUCUGGCAGGUUUUGCCGACAGCAUGAUUCGAGUCUUCGAUACGAGGAAUGGAAAUGUCAUUCGGAAUAUCUCUUUGGGAAGCGGACCUCAUGGUGGACCCAAGGAAAUUCUAGUAUGGAAGGUCAAGUGCCUUUCAAACGGCGACUUCGUGUCGGGAGAUUCGACUGGCGACAUUCGGAUCUACAGCGGCAAGAAUUACAGUCAGACGCAAAGGAUAUCUGGGCACGAAGCGGACGUGCUCGAUCUCGCUGUGACCCGCGACGGAACCAGCAUAUUUAGUGCAGGAAUGGAUCGCCGUACCUGCUUCUACACGAGCAAGAAGGGGCAGUCUCAGGGACAGAGCGGGAAAUGGCGAAAAGUAUCGCACCAGAGGUAUCACGAGCACGACGUCAAGGCCAUGACAACAUAUGAGGGUCACAAACUUAGUGUGGUGGUCACCGGAGGUAUCGACACCCAGCCUAUCGUUGUUCCCAUCCGCACAUUUGGCAAGGAGCUUAGUCGUGGUCUUCCAGCUUUGCCUCCCACUCCUCCUCUAACAAGCGCCCCAGAGGCAAGGUUACUCGUUAGCUGGUGGGGCACAGAAGUACGGAUAUGGCGUGUUAAGCCUCAAGAUGACGGUACGGAGAAGCCCAAGGUUGUUGCGCGCCUCGCUCUACAGGGAGAGGAGAACAUCAUAUCAGUGUCAAUCUCUAGAGAUGGUGGACUCCUUGCCGUUGCGACAGCCAGCACGGUGAAGCUGUUCCAUCUACUGCAUCUGGCAGGCGCUGGGCAGGCCUUGCGUGUGCGCAGGCUGGAGAUGCCUUCUAUUUCUGGCGCGAAAACUCUCAAGUUGGCCUCAAACGGCAAAUGGCUAGCAGCUAUCACGGCGACAGACGACAUUCAGCUGGUCAGAAUUGUCCGGACAGACGAUCCGACAGACCCGCCUCGCGCAUUGGACAAGGUACAGCCCCUCUAUCGAGUCGAUCGGGACAUCACUACACAGAGUCCUCUUAGUGGACCCUCGGGAGCUUACGAGCGAUUCAUUGCACACGCCGACUUCUCAAAGGAUGGUAACGUCUUCGCUGUGGUUGAUCUGGCUGGCUACGUUGAUACGUGGGUCGUUGAGGGAAAUGAGGACACAACUGCCCCUGAGAUUGACAUCGACGAUGCUACUCCUGUUGCCGAUGAUGACGAUGAAUCUGACGACGACGAAGAGAAGACGAGCGAGCAGAUAACGUAUCUAGGUCAGCACUGGAUACGGAAUCCCUCUGGUCAUCUGCUUCCCCGACUGGAUUCGACGCCUGUUCUGCUCUCCUUCCAGCCCAGCUCAGACACCUCAAACCAACCGGAGCCGAACGGCAACCCUGCUGUACACCCCACAAGGAAUAACCCUCACCCCCAUUCACACGAGCUACCUACUACAGACUACCGAUUACUAUUGGUCUCUGCUGAGCAUCAGCUCUAUCUCUUCGAUGUCAUGACCGGUCGCCUAUCCGAAUGGUCAAGACGGAACCCAGCAUCCAGCUAUCCCCAUGAAUACAAACAGCUCGACCUUCCUGCAAAGGGUUGCAUUUGGGAUGUAACGGAUUCCCAACAACGGGUAUGGCUCUACGGUGAGAAGUGGCUGUUCAUGUUCGACCUCACCAAGGACUUCGCAAUCUCAGACGCCGAACAUGCAGGAAAGAAGCGCAAGCGCGAUGCUCUCAAGAACAACAGCGGUGCUGGUGAUGCGGUACCUCAAAAGGAGGCACCAGUCACCAAGUUGCGCAAGUUCCAGAACGAUGACGCGGAUAAGGCUGCAAAACAGAAGUGGAUCGACGUCAACGCUGUAGGUCGCAAGGCUGACGCCGAAGACGACGACGAUGAUGACAUGGAAGACACCACUCAACCCCUUGCUACCCUGCGGAGAGCCCAUACGCAAGACGGCGAGCCAACAAAUGCCGAGACAGAGGAGGACCAGGUCAACGGAGGCGGAGAAGUCGGACAGGUCGAGCAAAGUAAAAAGAACGAGCCGUGGUGGCACACAUUCAAGUACCGCCCCAUACUCGGUAUUGUGCCCAUCAGCGGCGACGACAGUUUCUCUGCGCCCGAGGUGGUGCUUGUGGAGAGGCCCAGUUGGGAUUUGGAUCUGCCGCCGAGGUUUGUAGGCACGCAUGAGCAGUGA